AUGCCAGAUCUCGCAUCGUGGUCAAAGACAAUUAAAAGAGCUUCCUGUUUCGCGUACGCAACCGCCAAAUUGUCUGAACACCAGGAGGAUAGUAACGGGCAGUCCGUGUCCACCGGGCUUCCACCGACCAGCAUUGAACAACAAGAAGAGGUCUUGAGAUUCGAGAGCGACGAGGUAGACAACCUCAGCCGGGGACGAUCACCACCUCCACAAUAUCCCUACUCGGCUUCCGAAGCCUCUGCCUCGACCUCGUUUUCGCUCGGUGCCUCUCGCCCUGCACCGCCGCCGUUUUCGAGCUUAUAUACUGUUGACGACCAUUUUAAGCUCCCACCGACUAUCUGUAGCCCCGCCUCCGAAGCUGGAGCAUCUUCCGCAACUGCUGCACCUGCCUACGCGCCCUCAGCCUCAGCGUCUGAAAGUCCUCUAGAAAGGUCGGGGUCCUUCGAAGAUACCGUCGCAGAGACAAAACGAGCACUUCCGCAGGACGUUAAGGGCGAGUCCUCUAACCAGAAGGGCGACGACAGCGAACCACCUCCAGCAUACUCCGAAGGAUAUAGCCCGCUACUCUCGUUCACCUAUCUAAUGGCGGCCGCCGGUGGUGCAUCGAGUAUUAUUACUCAGGUCCAGCAAGGAGGUCCUCCUAUCAAUGCUAUCGGAGAUGUCGGAGCCGAUGAAACAAUCACCAUGGACUUGCGCGGAACGCGCUUCGUCCUUUCAAGAGACGAACUAUUGACACUACCUGAAUUUGUCCUUCUCUCCCUAUUCCCCAACGGACUCUUUCCCGAAGGUCACAUGGGUGGAUUUUCCGAAGGCGAUGCCGUGCAAGUUGAUGUCAGUACACUGAAUGAUAAACCCGUCACUCGAUUCACUCCGAUGUCCUCGAGCAUCAUAACGCAAGAGGCCACUCCCCAAAACACUUCCUUACCUCGCUCUUCUACCCUCCGCAAUCUAGUGUCCAAUAUAGAUAUACAUUUCACUGACCUCACAUCUCAGUAUGACCCUGCAUCACUACAAUACAUGCUGGAUUUCUUCCGGAAUGUAGCUCAAUCUAUCCCUAACGAGUCCUCCCCCAGUGCUUCACCUGAUGGCGGUGCUGUUCCCAUUGACUCGCUUGGUGGUCGGGGUGAGGAUGGCUCUAAGAGAGCUGGUAUCAUUGUCCUAAGGGAGGACUUGGAUUUCUAUGCUAUUCCUCCCCGGGCGGAUAUCAACCAGGCGGAGAUGAUUGAAGUCAAGAGAGCUGCCGCUCGAGCUCUUCUUAAGCAGGACGGUAUCUUCUCGGGGUUGAAACGAAGCGACGAGCCUGGCACGACCGAGGCGCAUCUGAUCGAAAUGCUUACGGCUGGCGGUUUCAAUCACGACGACAGGUGGGGUCACCGUGCUGGCGAGCCUAACAAAGCCGUCGUUUGCAGUCUGGCCCUUGCUCGGUUACGAAGCGAUAUCCGUGGCAAUGAUAUGGGUGGCAAUGCUGUGGGCAUGGCGCAAAAGCUAUUACUCUUCUGGAGAAAGCCGGCACGACGCUGCUGGUGGGAAGGAGUGGAUUUGAAAGAUGUAGAGGGCGUAGACGGCCCCCUGAAAGUGUGGAUCCGAAGAGUGUGGACGUUGGAGAUGAGUGUGAUUGGGUUGCGUUGA